CUGAGCCCCUCCCUUCCUCUUUCCGGUUUGUGCAGCGCUGCUUUCCCCUUCAACAGAGACUCAAAACAUAAGCUGCACCUCAGACUCAUCCUUUAACUGUCUGUGCUUUCGAUAAUCUCAUUCUCGGAUUGAUUAAUGGAGAGUUGGUUCAAGGUGUUGUUGACAGGAGAUGUCGCACCUGCCGUGCGUAAAAAGGUGAAAGGUUGUGACCUGGUGACUGGUCUGCGAGGCGUCCGGCUGACGCGCCUGUGGAGCAAGCAGGUAACGAUUUCCAGUAAGAGACACUUCUGCUGAGCUGAGAUGGAUAAACACUGCAGGAUGACUGGAAGAUGUUUGGUCCUGAGACACAGAAAAAGGUUCCUCCCUUCGCUCCUGUCACUGCUGACUGUAUGUGUCCUGCUGGUGAUCAGCGUGAUGUUCAGCUACAUCACAGAGUCUUUACCUCCCCAAACUGCUUCAAAGCACAGUCAGACUUUGCACAAACACAAUAUUAACUGUUCGGCCAUAUACGACAUGGACCCGGUGGAGGUGGGUAAAUCGCUGAUCAUCAGAAGGAAGCAGAUGGUGGAGGACACGGAUGAAAGUGUGAUUAACCUCACCUCAGACUGCCCGGUAUUCAUCGAGUCCCGAGGUUAUGAUGACGUGUGUGUCUCAGAGGAGGAGAAAGACUUUCCUCUUGCUUAUUCAGUGGUUGUGCACAAAUCUGCAUGGAUGGUAGAGAGACUGAUCAGGGCCACGUACUCGCCCAGUAACAUCUACUGCAUCCACUACGAUCAAAAGUCUUCCACUCAGUUCAUCGCAGCCAUGGAGGGCGUAGCCCGCUGUUUGCCCAACGUCUUCAUCGCCUCCAAGCGAGAGUCCAUCUUUUACGCAAGCAUCAGCCGACUGAAAGCCGACCUCAACUGUCUGUCGGACCUUUUGAGCUCAGAGGUCAAGUGGAAGUAUGUCAUCAACCUCUGCGGGCAGGAUUUCCCCCUCAGGUCCAAUAUCGAGCUGGUGUCUGAACUAAAGAGGCUUAAAGGAGCCAAUAUGCUGGAGACGAGCCGGCCCACGGAUAGUAAGAAGGAGAGGUUCACCUUUCACCAUGAGCUGAGAGACGCCAGCUUUGAGUAUCAAAAACUGCCAGUGAAAACGCAGCAGAGGAAGAGCCCGCCGCCGCAUGGGAUCGAGGUGUUCUCCGGGAACGCCUACUUUGUCUUGACGCGGGAGUUCAUCGAACACACAGAGAACUCGGUUGUGGUGAAAGAUUUUCUGGCCUGGUCAGAGGACACCUACUCCCCUGAUGAACACUUCUGGGCCACACUUGUGCGACUGCCAGGUGUACCCGGCGAGGUGCCCAGAUCCCAGCCUGAUAUCACAGACCUGAUGAGUAAGACCAGGCUGGUGAAGUGGCAGUACCUGGAGGGGAACCUGUACCCGCCGUGCACAGGGGGUCACGUUCGCAGCGUUUGUAUUUAUGGCGCCGCCGAACUGCGCUGGCUACUCGACUAUGGUCACUGGUUUGCCAAUAAGUUCGAUCCCAAAGUGGACCCCGUCAUCAUCCAGUGCCUCGAGGAGCAGCUGGAGGAAAGACACAAGCUAUUCCAAUCAGUGACCUCUAAGAACUGUCGUCAGGGUUACACAAACGUAAAGCAGCAACGAUUAGUCGAUUAAUCGCUCGAUAGUUGAGACCUCCUUUGAAGUUUGAUAAAACAAAGAAAAGGUUUUUUUUCUCACUAACAUUCAGUCUCAUCUCAGCCAGUUGAAGAGGCUGUAAUUAUUUUAUUAAUGUUAAAAGCCAGCGUGAAUGUGUACUUUAUAUUCCUGUCUUUUCAGAAACAAUGUCUCUGUUGCUCAGGAUAAUCCGGACAGCUGACUGUGAACUCUUUUCAUCAGAGCUACUUUCUUUGGAGGAAACAGUCAGCCACCAUAAGACGAAACAUUUUUUACAUCUGGCAGGUGAUUAAAUGGGGCUUGUCCACACUGUCCUUCAGAUUUUAAUUAGCCCACAGUUUUAGAUUCAUUUUGAUGUGGGCUCAAAAUCCACAAUGUUCUGAACGGCUGAUAAAAUGUACCUGUCAUGAA